GAAAGUUCACACCACCUCAGCGUCACCUAUACAUAAGUUCUGCGACUCCCGAGUCCGUUCGUUCACGUUCUGUUUGCUUGUGUCGCACAACUUGAUACUACAGAGUCUCGACAUCACCGUACUACGGUCCGCCUCACUAAAAUGUCUCGUCCUGUCCAACGUGCUUUCCCCUUCCUCCGUUCCGGAAUGAGGGCGAACCAGAGCGUACGCUCACCGUGUGCGGCGUUUAGCAGACGUACGAUGGCUUCGAGUGCCCCGCACGCAUCUCAUGGAAACUACGGGAGUGAUACACCAUGGAUGAUUGGCUCGGCUUUGGUAUUUGGUCCGGUGAUGCUCUAUCUCUUGUCACCGUCCGCGCGCAAGACUAGCCAUGCCCAUGAGUCGGAGCACAGUCACAGCGCACACCGGAGUGACGCCGCCAGCCAUCAUGCGGAGCCACAACCUGCAGAGACCCCCGCGAUGACAGAUGAUGAGGGUACCGAGGUGUCUGGUGAGGAGAUCAAGAAGUCGAUGGAGCAGGCAUUCGACACGGAUUCUCCUAAGGAUGCUCAGGAGCACGAGGAAGUUAUUGCUAAAGAAGAGGAGACUUCUGCAGAAUCGAGCGAAAUUGUUUCCCAGGAGAGCGGAGAUUCUGCUCCUUCAGAGGCUGUUUCAGCGCCAUCCGAGGAGGAGAAACAAGAGGUUGCACCAGAAGUUGCACAACCCGAGUCUUCAGAUGAGUCUUCAGCAACUACUGAAGCCAGCGAGAGAAGCAAUGAGUGAUGAUCUAACAAAAACUUAUCAUAGAGCUGCGUCUACUUAUUCAGUAUUUACAUAGUAAGUAGUUUGUGCGCCACCUUAUAGCGCACCCGAAAGUCAUAUUGCUUUCCUGCAUAACAUCCUGAAU